CCGGUGCCUGUUACGUCAGCGAGGGCAAUUUCCUGUAAAUCAGCUGCUGUGCCGUCAAGUUUUCCCAGUGGCAAAGGGAAAAGGGGAGUAGCAGGCGAGACAAGGCGGUGAAAGUGAAACUGAACACGAACAUUUAAAUAGAGCCAUUCCUGCAUGUUGACGGAGACGGAGGACACGGUAUUAUAGCUUUCACUUUUAUUAUUUUUUAUAAUUUUUUAUCAUUUUAUUUUAUUCUCGAAACUUUUCCAGUUUUGAGAGGACCAAUCAGAAGAGCAAACAGCAAAAAUGGGUUAUGGAAACAUCAUGGAUGUUGAAACUACUGGUGCUUCAGAGAAAACAGCCCAGCAGGACAGUCUGGGAUACGCAGGUGUGAAGGCGUCACACACCAUGGCAGAGACUGAUAAGGACCGAAUGAAAAAGUACAAGUCCAUCAUCAGCAAAGUGGGAGGCAAAUAUGGAAUCGAACCUGCUCUCAUUGCUGCCAUCAUCUCCAGAGAGUCCAGGGCUGGAAAUGUGCUGCAUGAUGGCUGGGGAGACUAUAACCCACAAAGAGGAGCGUAUAACGCCUGGGGACUGAUGCAGGUUGAUGUCAAUCCUAACGGAGGUGGACACACUGCACGGGGCGGGUGGGACAGUGAGGAACAUCUCUGCCAAGGCACAGAGAUCUUGAUUUAUUUCAUCGAACGGAUCAAAACCAAGUUUUCUGGCUGGAGCCCGGAGCAGCAGCUGAAAGGAGGGAUAGCAUCCUACAAUAUGGGAGACGGAAACGUCCAUUCGUAUGAUGGAGUGGAUGCCAACACAACAGGUCGAGACUACUCCAAUGAUGUUGUUGCCAGAGCUCAGUGGUACAAAAACAAUUUUUUUUAAAAGCUGAAGCUGUCCACAACAAAAUUCUCCUCAAGAUCUCCUUCAAAUCAUGAAGAAAACAAUGUAAUGAGUGUAAUUUUUCAAAACUUUAGAUUAAUAAACAUAAUACAAAGCAAAAACACAAA